AUGGCCAAGUACAACAAUGACCGACACGAUCAUUUGUGCCAAGCUGAAGAGCUUGCGCAUUUUGCACAGUCUGUUGAGCUCGAGAACAAGACCGGAAGGAAGUUGGGACGCGAGUCAAAAAGAAACGUCAACAAGAGCGCCAAGAACGACGGCGAGGUGGUUCUUGCUGUUAAUGAAGACAGCGACAAUGUGAACGACGCCUGGAUACUCGACAGCGGUGCCAGUCGACACCUGGUGAACGACGAUCGCCUGCUGAUCGACGCAGAGAUUUGCAGUGAUGUAGUUUCGCUAGAUCAUAACGAGGAGGUCGGUCUGUCCAAGGUUGGUAGUGUGAGACUCUCCGUGGUUGCCAAUGGACAAGAAAAGACAGUCAAACUCACGAACGUCUACUAUUCACCGAGUCUGGCCCGCAACAUCAUCAGCUAUGGCAAGCUUGAUCAAAAGGGAUACAGUCUUAAGGAUUCUAAUGGCUAG